AUGUCCCUCAUCUCGACUCUCACCCGUCGUCAACUCACUCGGCAAAUCCCCCAACUUACUCACACCACCACCCGUUCCUUCACCACCACCGUCAAAAUGGCCCUCGAAAUCAAAGCCGAAAUCACCACCUUCAACGGCAAGCUCUACAAGCUCACUCACCCCUCCACCACAACCUCAACCCCCAUGUCCCUAAACCUCUUCAUCCCCCCCUCCGCCCUCUCCAAAACCACCCCCGCCCCCGUGUUAAUCUACCUCUCGGGUCUGACCUGCUCCCCGGAAAACUGCACGGAAAAAGGCUUCUUCCAACACCGCGCCUCCCAGCUCGGCCUAGCCCUCGUCUACCCCGACACCUCCCCCCGCGGCCUCUCCAUCCCGGGGCAAUCCGACUCCUGGGACUUUGGCGAGGCGGCAUCCUUCUACCUUGACGCCACUGCCGAUCCCUGGAAGGAAAACUAUAAGAUGGAAACUUACAUCACCACCGAACUCCCCUCCGUCCUCUUUUCCUCCCCCCAGCUCGGUCCCUACCUUGAUAAGGAACGAGUCUCCAUCACGGGUCACAGCAUGGGCGGACACGGGGCGUUAACCCUCUACCUCAAGCACCAAGACAAAUACAAAUCUGUCAGUGCCUUCGCCCCGAUUGCAAACCCGACAAAGUGUCCCUGGGGGGAAAAGGCGUUCAAGGGGUACCUAGCCGGUGGACUCGAGGAAGGCAAGAAGCACGACGCUGUCGAGUUAUUGAGAUCGGGGAUUUGGAAGGGGGGUGACCUCAAGGCCCUCGUCGAUGUUGGCACCGGGGACAAUUUCUACAAGAAUGGGCAGCUGCUUCCCGAGAAUCUGGAGGCGGUGGUCAAGGAGAUGGGGUUGGAGGGGUUGAAGGUGAGGUAUCAUGAGGGCUAUGAUCACAGCUAUUACUUUAUGGCGAGUUUUAGUGGGGAGCAUGUUGAGCAUGCGGCAAGGCAUCUUGGGUUGCUUUGA